AAUAUCGGUCAAAAACAACCGUAAAGUCAACCAUUCAGAAGAGUAACGCCGGGAAAAGAAGAGGAUGUUUUAUCCUGGUGUACCUUGCCCUUGAUAGAAGAGGAUUUACCUGUGAAUAGCAGGUGUAGCAAACCUACCUCUACCUACCACCCCUUCUCUUCAAGCAUCCUCAACCAGUGAUGGUAAGAGGAGAAACGAGAGAACACCAGUGCGUUUAUAUCCUGGCACCAUUCCUAAAUCAACAUUCAACUGUAUCGCCAUGAGGUUUCUGCCUGAUCUGUAGAUGGAGAGCUGCUAAUUUGCAUGCCGCAGAGUGUGAGUGGAGUUGAGAUGAGGAAACAGCAGCAGGCCCACAUUGAAGGACCCCCUCAAGCCCCUGGGCACCCGAGACCGAACACCUGCUGUCUGUGCUGGUGCGGCUGCUGUAAAUGCCUCUGGAAUGAAGAGCGUAGAGAACGUCCCGAGCAGCAAACAUGUACAAAAAUGGACAGCAUAGAAGCGACAGAAGAACAGCAUCCCACACUGGAUGAAGUUGUAGCCUGGGCACGAAGCUUUGAGCUCAUGAUGCACUCAUCAGAAGGCAGAGACGUUUUUAGGCAGUUCCUCCGGUCGGAGUACAGUGAGGAGAACCUUAUGUUCUGGAUAGCCUGUGAGGAAUUAAAGAAGGAAACCAACCCAACAGCUAUAGAUGAGAAAGCAAGGAUCAUUUAUGAGGAUUAUGUAUCUAUCCUGUCACCAAAAGAGGUCAGUUUGGAUUCCCGGGUGAGGGAGGGCAUCAACCAGAGCCUGGCAGAGCCCAGCAGCUUGAUGUACGAGGAGGCCCAGCUCCAGAUCUACAUGCUCAUGCACAGAGACUCAUUCCCACGUUUCCUCAACUCCUCUGUUUACAGGGACCUCCUGGAACGAAAGAGAGCCUGCUUAGAUACCUAAGGUUCCAGCCAAAAACUCGAGACAAAAAAAAAACCGUCCUAAGGUGCCACUACGGAAAGGUCUGAGGUUUCCUAUACAUAGAGCGAGUAGUUAAGCAAUUCUUACCGUCCAGUAGUGAGCCUGAAGUUCACUUCCUGUUUAAGUGCCAAUAUGAGCUGCUCAGCCAACUGUGACAAAAAGAAUUGUGUAAGGAAAACCAUCCGAGCCCUGUUUCCUGUUCUUUACCUCUCUCUCUUUUCUCCACCUGUCAUCCUUUCACUUGCCUCAUGUAUUUGAGGACAGCUGAAUAUUUUUUUUUUUUUUUUAAAUGAUUGAGUUCUUACAGCAGGUAACACCUAAUGUUGCAUGAUACAAGAUUUUUGGAAUUGGUUCUAGCUUUGACAUUUAACUCCUGGCAGGACUGCAGUGGUUUUCAAAUAAGAAAUGUACUACUUAUGCUGUCCUGAGGAGAGAGCCUUUAACGCUCUUGUAAGCUAAGGGAAAAAUGUAGUUUUGACACUUUUUUUUUUCCCCCCCCUUUUCUCUGUUGGAAGCAUUUACCACUGUCAUCUAUCUGCCCCAUCUUUUGUCCGUCUUAACAACUUGACUUUUUCACUGGGAUAUGUAAGGGCUAGUGUUGUGGUUGGGCAGCUAAACAAACCAUAAAUAUGACUUUCCUCUGCAAAAAUCACAAUGCCUCUAUCGAUUAAGGGCACAGAAGCUGCUGACGCUGACCAACAACCACAGUUAGUUAAUUGUGCGUGUCCUCCCACUCCACUCGUCCCUGAGGGAAGCACAGGUACUGAAUGUCGCUCGUAAGCAUUGCUGGAUUAAGAGUUUUGCUUGAAAAUAAAGCCGCAACAUCUCAGAGGUAUGUGAGGGGAAUUAGAACUGUCAUUUACAUUCAAAUGCCUUUUUUUUUUUUUAAACCAAGUCUUAAGGUUGUGAACACUGCCUUGUUUUUAAAGGCGUCACUGUAUUUGAAAUAAUGACUUAUGUCUUUGUUCAGGCAAUGCACAAUGACACAUUUUCUCAGAAGUGAUGUUAGGUAACAUGCUUCUGGUUUUAAUAUAAAAGUUUGGGGUA